UGGAUAACACUUACAGUCCAUCACAAUUCACAGAAUUCAAUAUUCAUAUAAUUAAUAAUCAUAAUAUAAAUUUGUCAAUAAUUGUCAUGAGUUGCUGCACAGUUGCUCGUAUCUCAACAUCUUGUAUACAUUUUUGACAAAAUACAAAUUUAAGUUUAAAAUUAUUCCUACUUCUAUAUUUGCUCUGAGUUUGAUAUUUAAAAAAUUUUAUGAGUUUUUUUAAUAUUCCAAUAUGAAUUUAAUAGCAAAGAAAACAAACAUUUCAAACUCUUUCUUUAUUUUCAGAACUUUAACGCAAAAUUAUGUAAAAGAAACAGUAAAUGCUCAUGAAGUAGAACACCAUUCCAACAUGAAAGAGUAUUGGUGGAACAGUAAUGGACCAUUAAAUGCAUUACACUCUUUUAAUCCAUUAAGAGUUUCAUUUAUAAUAAAUGGAUUAACAAAUAUGAAAAAAAUUGAAACAAAAAACAUUGGCACUCGUCAAAGUCUAGAAAAUAUAAAAAUACUUGAUGUCGGUUGUGGUGGUGGACUUUUAACUGAGGCAUUAGCACGUCUUGACGGUAAUGUGACCGGAAUAGAUCCCAGUAAAGAACUAAUAACAAUCGCCAAUGAUCAUUCUGUUAUUCUUAGAAACAAAAAUAUUAAAUAUUUUAAUGAAUCAAUUGAAGAGCAUGUGCUAUCAAACACAGAAUCAUAUGAUGCUAUUGUAACUUCAGAAGUUUUGGAGCAUGUAUCCAAUAAAUAUGGCUUCUUAACAAAAUGUGUUGAUUGUUUAAAGCCUGGAGGAUCUUUGUUUGUAACAACCCCAAAUAGAACGAUUUGUUCAUGGUUGAGCGUUAUAAUGUUAGGAGAAACAUUUAAUUUCAUACCAAAAGGUACUCAUGAAUGGGAAAAAUUCAUAUGUCCUCAUGAAUUGCAGUCAAUUUUAGAAAAUAAUUGUGAAUGUGAUACUAUUUCAAUUAAUGGACUUUCAUAUGAUCCUUUUACAAACCGAUGGAGUUGGACUGACUCGACUGAUUUGUCUUAUGCCUUACAUGCAGUAAAAAGUACAUAGUAGAUUAUCACCUAAAAUUAACUAUUACUUUGUAUUAACUAUUACUAUGAUGCAUAAAUAUUUGUUUAAAUAUAUUUGUUACAAUUAUAGUACAAUCAUUAAGUUAUAAUUAAAUCAUUUGAAAUUCUGUUUAUA